AGAGCAGCGCCGGGGAGGGACUUUAUACAUGUGGAAUAACUGUUGCGCUCGUCUGUCCCCCCUCCCUUCCCUCUCUCUCUAUUAAAGUUUGUACUCGGGGUCCUUUUGGGGCAGCACAAAUCCGCGUUUGCGUGAAGACACCUGCAACCUCAGACUUCGUACUGUUUCCCCCGAGUUAACGCGGCGCGCCUCGACUAUUAAAGUCGCAGCCUGCGGUUAUUUUCGCUGGAGUUUCCAGAAGUUAUAAUAAUGUUAGGCAGCGGCAAGUCACCGGCCACCAGUCCCAGGGAGCAGAGGACGAAAGUGGCCGAGAAGACGAUGGACCCCAUCAGGAGGCUCGGGCUCUUGGACAAUGAGGACAUACGUGUGAUGAUGCAGGGCUCCAACAUGGUGAAAGUUCGCUCUUCGAGGUGGCAGAAGAGCCGACACCUGCGGCUGCUGGAGGACGGGCUCACCGUGUGGUGCGAGUCCACCAAGAGCUCUCGCAAAGCCAAAGCCCAGCAGACAUUUGCAGUGACAGAGGUGGAGUGUGUGCGCGAGGGCUGCCAGUCCGAGGCGCUGAGGCGGCUGUCCGGGUCGGUUCCAGAAAACCAGUGCUUCACGGUGGUCUUCAGGGGAGCCAGGAAGAGCCUGGACCUGCUGUGUCCCUGUGAAGAUGAAGCCCAGCGCUGGGUGCGAGGGCUCCGCACUUUAAAGGAGCGAGUGGCCAACAUGACUCAGAAGGAAAAACUGGACCAUUGGAUCCGAGGCUACCUGAAGCGAGCGGAUCAGAACCAGGACGGCAAAAUGAGCUACGAUGAAGUCAAACGGCUCCUGCAGAUGAUCAACAUUGACCUGAGUGAGCAGUACGCCCGCUCUCUAUUCAAGAGGUGUGACCGAUCUGGUGAUGGCCGUCUGGAUCACAUAGAGAUCGAGGAGUUCUGCAGGGAGCUGCUGCGACGGCCCGAGCUGGAUGCCGUGUUCAGACACUAUUCAAGUAAUGGUUGUGUGCUCUCCACUGCUGAGCUGCGCGACUUCCUGGGAGACCAAGGCGAGGACGCCUCGUUGAAUCAUGCUCAGAGCCUCAUACUCACCUAUGAGCUCAAUGACUGGGCUCAGAAGAACCAGUUCAUGACCCAGAACGGUUUCACCAUGUACAUGCUGUCGCUGGAGAACGACGUGUUUAACCCUGAUCAUGCCAGAGUCUAUCAAGACAUGAGCUGCCCCCUGUCUCACUACUUCAUCUCCUCGUCUCACAACACCUACCUUACCAAGGACCAGGUCACCAGCGCCAGCAGCACAGAGCCAUACAUCAGGGCCCUGAACCAGGGCUGUCGCUGUGUGGAGCUGGACUGCUGGGAUGGAGAUAAAGGUGAACCUGUCAUCUACCACGGCCACACUCUCACCUCCAAAGUGCCCUUUAAGGAGGUCAUUGAAACCAUCGCCCAGUACGCCUUUAAGGCUUCUCCAUACCCUCUAAUCCUGUCCUUGGAGAACCACUGUUCUGUGGAGCAGCAGGCUGUGAUGGCAAAACACCUCCGCACCAUUCUCGGCAGCAAACUGCUCACGAAGCCUCUCAGUGAUAGCCCACUGAAAGACCUGCCUUCUCCGGAGGAGCUGAAGGGGUGUAUCCUGGUGAAAGGGAAGAAGCAUACUCCUCACCUCGGCCAGCUGGGCAAGACUGGCAGCUGUGCCAGCUUCUCUUCAAGCUCUGAGGACGAACUGGCGAGCAGCAAUAAGAACACGCCCAAGAAGGAUCCUGCAAAGGUCUGCUCUAAACUGAGCCCAGAGCUAUCAGAGCUGGUGGUGUACUGCAGGAGCGUCUCCUUCAGUGGGUUUGAAAAUGUUUCUGAAAAACCACCAAAUGAAAUGUCCUCCUUCUCUGAGAGUGAAGCCCUCAGGCUCAUCAAAGACUCAGGAAAGCUUUUUGUGAGACACAACAGCAGGCAGCUGAGCCGGAUCUACCCCUCCGGCCAGCGCCUCCAAUCAUCCAACUAUGAUCCUCAGGAAAUGUGGAACGGUGGAUGCCAGAUGGUGGCUCUGAACUUCCAGACACCCGGGGAGCAGAUGGACCUAAACCAGGGUCGCUUCCUUCCCAACGGUCGCUGUGGAUACGUCCUCAAACCCAGCUUCCUGUGCAGCCCCACGUCCAACUUUAACCCAGAGAACACAGGAGGAGGCCCCGGUCACGUUCCCACCCAAAUGACUAUACGAAUAAUAUCUGCACAACAGCUGCCAAAAAUCAACACAGAAAAAGCGAGCUCCAUCGUGGAUCCACAAGUGUGGGUGGAAAUUCAUGGGGUAGCUAUCGAUAAUGCAAGAGACAAAACACAACGCAUCGACAAUAAUGGUUUUAACCCGCGGUGGGACUGCACUCUGAGCUUCCAGCUGCAGGUCCCCGAGCUGGCUCUGGUGCGGUUUGUAGUGGAGGACCACGACCACACUGCCAAAAAUGACUUUGUGGGGCAGUUCACUUUACCUUUCACAAGCCUUCGCACAGGUUAUCGACAUGUUCACUUAUUAAAGGCAGAUGGAUCCAGUCUGUCCCCCGCCACUCUCUUCAUCCACGUCAAAGUCAGCCGCAGAGGAGUCCCCAUCAAAACUGUGUCUGAGCGUAUGGCCAUUGCUAAAGGCAAGGCAUGACAUGCAUCUGAACCAGAUGAAAAGCUGCAUUUCCUGACAGCAAAGAGCUUUGGAAAACAGAGCUCUGAAUGUGAGGAGAGAGAGAGAGACUGAUCCUGCUGCUGCUGCCAGACGAUCUCCCCGUCCAGACCUCAAGUGGUCCAAUUUUACACUGAGCCACUUCCCAAUGCAGGAAGAACGAUGUUGUUUAUCAGAGAUGAAGAAGCAUGCUGGCUCUCAGCAAAUGAAUUGCCUCGAGCUGGAUAAUGAAUCCAUGAUACACUGUGGGAGUAUCUGGUCUUGUCAGUGCUGAGUGCUCUGGAAACAGGGCACUGAGGAUUGUGGUUCAUGAAACACACUGAUAGAGAUUACUCUUUACAAAAUUGAAUUUACAUGUUCUUAACUCUCAUGUGUAGGAGGUUAUCCCAUAUAUUUUGGACAGAUCAUCUUUAAUGCAUUUUUGAUUUGAGAAAUAUUUUAAACAUUUUUAUACUUAAUAUAUAUUUGGCUUUAACUUAUAAAAUGAGUUUAGUUUCACAAAUAGCACUUCGUUAACUGAGGCUCUCUCUUAAGUGCUAUAAGAAGGAACCCGAGCAUGAUGACUAACUGUGAUUAAAAAAUGAUAAAUGUUGUUUUACAAAUUAAUGUUUCAGUGCUAACUGUGAUGUAACACCAAUGUAAUCCUGUGUCAGUGAUUGCCACAGGUUGUAUCGUCCAUGAAGUUUGAACAAAAGUUCAAAUAGUUAGUCUUACUUGAUACUCUGGAUACUCUUACUUCAGCACUUUUAAUUUCUCCCAGGAGAAAGAUUUUAUUUUCUGAGACAAAUGACGAUAUAUUUCCACAACUUAUGACUGAACUUGAAAUAUAAACAGUAUUAACAGUAUUUAGUACUUGUAUUUACUUAUGUUUACUUAUGCUCUGAAGAAUUUCAGUUGUUGUAUUUGCUUCAGCUGUAUUUCACACGUUUGUAUUUGACUUUUGAAGAUAUUUGCAUGUUGGAUCUUUGCCUAUUUUUUAUUGACCACUCUGCAUUAUUAUUAUUAUUAUUAUUACAUUUGUUAUUGUUGCCAAUUCUUGUCUUUACUUACCAAUGUAGUAAACUGUGGUUGAACACUAAUGACAACAAUCUAAUACAACCAAUUACUGCAGGGUACAGUGAAUCAUUUAAUACUCUUCAAUACUCAGAGGAUUCCCUGAUACUAAAAUGGUUCAGUAAUGAAAGGUGCUGCACAUGGAUUACUGUAAUAACAUAUACAUAAUAGUAUACAGUAUGGUCAGGAUGUUUUCAAUAGUAACUCUAGUGUGUAACUAUUUGUGAGUGAAUGAUGGUUUUGCAGUGUUAAAGCUUAUAGCCUAUGUUAUGUGAAAGGCAGUUGGUACUAUGUAUACAAGAAGUACUGUUUUCAUAAAAGCACUAAUUACA